CUGAAAAGCGAUCUAGGGCUCAAGCUCUCGGGCCAACAGGCCUGUCUGUCCCUGGCGGCCCUCCAGGCUGACCGCACCCUGGAGCCCCGCCUCCAGCCCACUAUCCUCGCGGCCCGAGGGAACACCCCCCGACCCAGGGCUGUGAUCGGGGAGGUAAAGAAACAUCCGCGACCGGGGCCGGGGCGCGGGGCGAAGCUGUGCCCGCGUGCCGUCAGCUAAAGGCCGCAGACCUUCAGGGCGACUCAGCUCCCAGCCUCGGAGAUCCGGAGACACUCCGGAAGUUUUCCGGACCCGCUCGUGAGGGAGGAACCCAACUCGCCGGGGCGGGAACCCGCGACGCCGGCAGGGAGCUCGGGGCCUGACCUCACAGAGAGAGAACCGAGGAGGCUGGGGGGAGCGGCGCCGCUCACGCCCGGAAUUCGUGCGGCGCGCGCUGAUGGCGUCACUGCGCGCCCGGCCGGCGCAGGCCCGCGCAUGCGCUCGGCCGGCAAUCUGAAGGCCCCUCCUGCUCCCUGCCGUCAGACCCAGGUCCUCGGAGCGGAUCGCCUGUGCCCCGACCUCGUCUGCAGCCUCCAACAGUCAGCGCUCGGCCGGCGCAGCCACCAUCGCCCACCCUCCCCAACGUCCAACGCCCACGCUGGACGCUGCCACGGGCGCUCCUGACGCGCCUGCCUGAGGCUCACCCCUGUAUCUUCCUCCCCGUGCAGCUUUUUGCUCUAAAGUCCCCAGUCUCAGCCACGGGAAAGGACAUAGGGUCGCGGGAUGGGACCAGGAGGUCCACCAGCCUCUCCACUGAUGGCGCCGCCCAGUCCUCCACUAAUGGCCUGCCUGGCCAUCUCCAGCCCAGCCACCUGUUUCCAAUCGUGGACUCAACCAGUUCUCAGACCCAGACCUCGUCUGCUGAAGUCUCCUCCCGUGAGGAAGGAUCCGGCAACACUGUGGAGAGUGUUUGUAGGCUUGAUGCCCCUAAUCCUCUGCAAAGGGAGCCAGAGGAAGCCAGGCAGCUCCUUCAACACCCACGCUGGGCAUCUCCGUAGCUACAUCAUCUGCCUCACCAGGUACAUUUCCUAUUUCCUGUUCUAUGACAGGUGACAAUGUUGUUAAACUUCUUGCCACUCCACAACAAGGGUUUCCUUCCCUCCAUCUUCCAGUACAUUCUCCUCACCUUCCCUAAGACCCACCGUCAGUCUCAGCAGGUUCCUUCCCGCUCCCCCCGCCCCCCGCUGCCUGGUCACAAAGCCAGUGCCCAUGGUUUAGGGUUUGUAUCUGCAGCAUUGCAUUCCAGUACCAGGACCCGUCUGGUUACCUAGAGCCCAUGAUAGCCACCUCACACUCAGUGCUGAGGACACCACAGUCACCUCCUAUUGUUGCCUCUCGCCGUUCUCACUUUCCGUCUCCUGCGAUUGCAGUAGAUGGUGGCUGGGACAGAAGCCACCGGAAGGCUGACUCACCCUUUGGUGGUGCUCCAUACUGGCUGUUGACUGGUCCUUAAGCUGGAGCUGCUGGCAGGAACUGCUCUGCCUGUCCUCUCCUUGUGGCUGCAGGCACCUCCUCGCAGCGUGGUGGCUGAGCUCGGAGAACAAGCAUCCCAAGAUGAGAGAGAGAAACUGUGUCACCCAGCUGUAGGACCUGGCCUCAAAAAUCACAGUGUCACUUCUGCUGCCUCCUAGUGGUUAGAAGCGAGUCACUAAGCCAGCCCACGUUCAGGGAGAGGGGAUUAGAUUUCACCUCCUGAAGGGAGGAGUGUCAAAGUAUUUGCUGACAUCUUUGAAAUGCAUCACGGUGGGCCGCUUAUCACAGUGGGCCGCUUAUCAAGGUGGACAGGUGGAGAGAUGGUGCAUCUACCAAGGUGGAUAGGUGGGUAGGCGCCCCAUUUAUCAAGGUGGGAAAUACCAAGCAAGGGAUGGAUUUUGAGAUCUUGAGUCUGCCCCAGGCAUGGUGACUGGGAGAUGUUCAUUGGUGGCUGAAAUGGGACAUGGAGCAGAUGCUUAGGGAGAUGAGAGCCUGGAGCAGAGGGAGAAGUCAGGCUGGCGGUAUCAACUGGGGAGUCCUUGGCACAGAGGUGGUGUCUGAAGCUUCAGAAAUGGGGAGGGAUAAAGGAACAACCAGGGCCCAGCCUUUAGGACCACUGACCCUGUAGCCCCCAUCCUUGAGGAACUGACUUCGAUGGGUAGUCGGCCCCCAGGUGCCUCUCUGAUCUAAUGGUGAGCACAUGGUUCUGCGAGGGAAGUUGGCUGGGAGAGGUUUCCAGGGUCACCCAAAGGGACACGUGGGAAGAGAUGGGAGCUCUGGGUCAGUGGCAGCCGUCUUGCGACCAUGAGGUGGCCCACUCACAGAUGUGGUGACUCCUUCACAGAGCUUCCAGAUUAACAGAUCCUGGGCAGUCCUGGUGUCAGGACUCUUAUGACAGUUGAGUCCGCAGGUUCUGUCACUUGAAGUCCAGAGUCCUCACUGACACCAGAGUGGAGUCAGCAAGGGAGCUUGAGGAAGGGUGUGUGAGGUGGGAGGAGAAGCAUGAGACCGUGUGUUGCCCCCCUAAUGGUACCUGCCAUUCAUGGAGGCCCCUGCCCAGCGGGGUUCUAACCUCGCACACAGUAACUGGUUGAGCCCUCCAAGCACCUGAGAGUUAGGUCACUAUUAUUAUGCCAGUUUAUAGAUUGGGAAACUGAGGCACGGCGGGGUGGUGGCGGUGGUGGUGAAGGAACCUAUCCCACAGCCAGGAAGUGACAGCUGGGGCGGAAGCCAGGCCGUCUGCUGCUCUGUCCUGUGAGCCACACAGUAACUUUUCAGAGGUCCAGAGAAGGCCUUCAGCAGAAGUCCUGGCCAGCUGCUUAGAUGAGGACGAAAUGGUCUUCCUGCUUAGAUGAGGACGAAAUGGUCUUCCUGGAAUUUGGCAAAGUGCAGGUCACCGACAAAGUUGGGCAGAAUGACCCGGAGGGAUGGUGUGGACGGAGCUGAGGAGUGGGGGUGUGGACACAGGAGUCAGCUCCUGAGAAGAAUGGCUGUGAUGAGGGUGGGGAGGGGGUGGUAAUGAUUUGGGGUGGAUUCUGGGAAGUACCGGAAAGCAGAUGAUAAGUUUCCCCAGAGCACAUAAGUGGGGCCUCCGAUGGGGCCCAGGAGAAAAGGCAAAGAAUUGGAGGCCCAGGGCAGUGGGGCUGCAGGUUUGGUGAUGAGCAGAGAUAGCUUCCCCCCCGCAACCCCGUUUCCUCCACGAGGUUGAGACCCGGGCUCCUAAGUAUGUGUGUCGAGGGGGCGGGGGAAUUUGGGCCGAAGUGCGGUGGGACCGCGGGGUUGCCGAGGGUAUUGGGCCCCAUUUGAGGUUGGAGCUCAGGAGUUUGGGGGCCAGGAGACUGUGCAGUUUGGGGGGGUGUUCUCCAGACUUGCUCCUCCGCCUGGUAGGUCCCCGAAGGGGACAAGGAACCAGCCCUGGUCGCGGUGGCUACAGGACCAGGGCACCCAGGAGUUGGGCCAGGAGGCGGCCCCGCGCCCAGGGUCUGCCGUGGUCCGGGCGUCCUCGGGCCCUUGCCCACGCCGCAGGGUUGGACAGGGGGCUGGCGGGCACUGGAGGCGGCCCUGCGCGCCUCUGCCAGCCCUGCGAGUCGGGGGCAUGGACUCGCGGCGCAGGGCUUCCUGCGACCGCUCCCGCCCGCCUCCGCCGCCGCAGGGGAUUAGCACGCUCCUGGCCGCGCGGCGGGAUUAACCCGCGUGGACGCGGCGCCCGGCUCGGGGAUUACGGCGCGCCCCCUCGACGGAUAUAUUCCCGUGGCGACGGCGACGGCGGGCGAGAGGAAUGGCGGCGGCGCGGGGCGCGGCAGGCCGCAGGGGUCCCGGGCGGCCCUGCCCCUUCUCCAUCGAGCACAUCCUCUCCGGCCUACCCGAGAGCAGCCCCCCGGCCCGGGUCGCCCGCCCGCCGCCGCCCGCCGGCCGCCAGAGCCCCGCGGAGCCGCGGCAGCCUGAGGCGCCCGAGGCCGUGCCCUGCACCUGCUGCUGCUGCUGCGGCCCCCGCGCGGCGCCCCGCGGGUCCCCGGAGCCGGCCGCCGGCCUGGGCGCGCGACUACCGUGGCCGCUGAGGCUGGGGCCCGCGGCGCCCUUGCCCUUGGCCGUACCCACCGGGGGCUCCGGGGCGCCGCCCGGCGCGGGCGGCCCUGGUCCACAGCGGCGCACGCGGCGCCACCGCACCAUCUUCAGCGAGGAGCAGCUGCAGGCGCUGGAAGCGCUCUUCGUGCAAAACCAGUACCCCGACGUGGGCACUCGCGAGCGCCUGGCCGGCCGCAUUCGCUUGCGCGAAGAGCGCGUGGAGGUCUGGUUCAAGAACCGCCGGGCCAAGUGGCGACACCAGAAGCGCACAUCGGCAUCCGCGAGGCUCCUGCCGGGAGCCAAGAAGCCCCCGAAGGAGAGCUGCUGACGGCUGCAGAGUUACUCCUGGGCUCGGUGGCACCUUAUGGGGCCGGCUCAGGGAGAGGACAGACCUACCCUAAUAGGAGUUGGGAGAGGACGCCAGCCUCUAACCUGGUGUCUGCCCAGUUGCCUGCGUCCUGGAGCUCAACGCGGGAGCCCCUCUGCGUGUGUCCCCGCGCCACCCGCCCAGCGGAAGGAGAGCGCACCGAUGCUCCGUGCUCCAUGCGCCUUCCCUCCCAAGCGCAAGCGGGCAGGAGGGCCGGGGAGACUCGGGGGUGGGGUGCGGGGCACAGAGCAGAUCAACUUCCUCAAUCCCCCACCACACCCCAGGAGGCACCAAGCCACCCCAGGACAGGAGCCACCCCUUGUCAACAGUGGCACCCAGCGUCCUCAUCCCCGCCCACUUCCUGCUGGCCUCAGGCAUCUCCUCAGCAGGGACGCAGCCCCCUUGACUGGCCUAGAACCCUCCAGAGGCUGGGCGGGUGGGGUCUCUGCGUCCUGGGGCUGGUGCCAGGGGCCUGGGCGUCCUGACCCGCGGAAUAAGAAGGCUGGGUGAGGUAAUCUCCAAGCCCCGUUCCUGCUGCUCAAUCUUGUGAGUCUUGUGUGGAUACUGAGAAAUAAACAAGCUACUACAAGC